CUGCCAUAGCUGACUCUAGGGGCUGGACUUGACAAAGGAAACAAGAGGGAACCCCACCUAGUCAAUUUUCGCACAAAAGAGUGGUGCUGGUUGUCUCCCUUCAUGAGUGAUGUUAUACUCGGCCAAAUAAGGUGAAUGAGGUGUCCUUGGAUAGCUUUUGAAGUCUUUUUUUAUAAUUGAGUGGUCUAUGUUCGAGAGGAGAGAGUAAUCAUCCAAAAAUCGAUCUGGAACGAGCAGUGGUCUGUGAACUCGAGAUGUGAGAGUGCUGAGACUGUUUGGUUGAUAUCUCGAGUUUUACCAAUCCAAUUAAGGCGUGUGAGAUACCAAAAGAAAGCUCUCAAGACGAGGAAUCCGUGAAGGUCUGGUUUGCAUCAAUCGGAGUAGAGGAAGGCUUCCAAAUCGUCCGAGCAGAACGCGACCUCGCAGGAACGGAUUUACUCUUCUAAGAAACGAGUUAACCGGAAAACACCCAUUCUAGGGGCUGUUUUCGUACCAACGAUUAAGGGUUGAACUAGCACUUGAGGAGGCUGUUUAACACCCAUUUUCUAAGCAAGGAAUCAGUUCUCAAGCUUCCUUGGCCGAGGCUUUAGUCAUUGGAUCGAGGAGGAAAGUUUUAAAGCUCAUUUGAGGUUGAGGCUAGAGCUUGCUUCCUGUGCUCGUUGCUCGAGAGAUCAUCUAGGAGGGAAGACUUGGUUCGUGCUUCCUCCAUUCGGUUUUUAAACAUUAACGAACAUGCUCAUGAAUAUUUUACUAUAGAGCCUGCGUGCUCAUGUUAGCCACGUGUGGCAUUUGUUUUCAAACUAUGUUUUCCGCUACGUAUUCGAUUGCUUAUUAUGUUGUUUAUGGAUGGCUUGCGUGUGAGUGAUAUUCUAGACGCCUUGUAUAAUAUGAACGUGUUGGACUGCGGUUGACUAUUCAUAUUGUACGGCGGGUUGUUGACGUGUCCGGGGAGGUCCGGGGCGUGACAAUUAAGUUGGUAUCAGAGCCUUAGUCCAUAAAACUUCAUAAUGAAGUCUCAAAAUUCUCUUUUUGAAAAGAUUUUGAAAACCAUGAGCAUAGAAGUUUUGUACUUGGAGAGCUUUUGGUACUUGGGUUGCAAGGUCUCUAAUUGUUAAGAUGGUACCCUUAACAAUUGGUAUGGCAGUGACUCGAGCCAAAAUGUGUCUUAAGUACCUAUCCGUCAAUUGACAUUUGAUACGAGUCUAACGACUCUUUCCCAAUUUCUUUCAGAAAUGGACCGUGGUGGCAGGAUUACUAGGAGAAACCCGACCGGCCGUGUACCAGAGGAGACUGGACAGGGCAGUCGAAGGACCUCUAGGGCAUCUAGAGGAGCUGGCCGUGGAGGCCGAUCACAGACCGUGAGUGACGGUCAUGUCGACACAGAAAGUGAAACCUACUGGUCCUAUGAGGACUCGACUUACCAACCGGAAACCGAGCCGGUUGAGACCCCUUACGAAGGGGAUGACGAUGAUGUGAGCGAUGAAGAGGGGGAGAAUGACUCCCUAGCAAGAAUAGAGGCGCUGCUCCAACAAUAUCAACGGGAGCGCGAGGAAAGGAGGGAACGCCGAAGGCGCCGGGGAGGGCGAAUUUCGGGUGAGGCUUCAAGAGGAAGAAGCCAUGGCGAUUCUCGGGCCCACAUUGAACCACAUGGGGGCCGGGGUGAUGGAGGUCCAAUCAUAAGGAUCUCAAAAUUUCUUAAAGAGGCUAGGGACUUGGGGUGCAAACCCUUCAACGGAGCAGGCGACAUCUCGGUCGCCGCGGAAUGGAUCAAGAGGUUGAACGAGGCAGCCCUUGAUAUGCAACUCACCCCCGAAUUUAAACUAAGGGUGGCGGUGAGAUUGCUUGAAGGGAUGGCAUCCACAUGGUGGGAUGGAGCCAAGGGAAAGUAUGGCAAUACCGUGACUUGGGAGAAUUUCCGACAGGAGUUCUUUGCCCAGUAUUAUUCUAAUUUUGAGGUGAACGCUAAAAGGAGAGAGUAUACCCUCCUGACCCAAGGUGGCAAGAUGACGGUGAGGCAACUUGAACAUAAAUUCAGGGAGCUCGCGGAGUUCAUACCGGAGUAUGUCUGUGAAGAGAACCGGAUGGUAAAUCACUUCUGGGUUGCCUUAGACCUGGAGGUGCGUGAGAGGGCAACACAGUUGCCUAACAUGACCUUUAGCCAAGUGGUCGAGCAAGGGUUGAAAGGAGAGAAGGAAUGGGAAGAGAGAAAGUUGAAAAACGCCGAAGAGGCGAAGAAGAGAAAGUGGGAGAACCAUGGACCUCAAGGUCCUAGCAAAAAGGGGAACCAUGGGGGAGGAGGAUCCUUUCGGACACCCCCACUGCCAUCUAGGGGAAGUCAAGGCCCGGGCGGGCAAUCACAAGCCUCGGGGGGGACUCGUUGCAAGAAUUGCAAGAGGAACCACCUGGGGAAAUGUCGUGACCCUCCUAGAUGCUAUCAAUGCGGAAACACCGGGCACUUGAAGAUGAAUUGCCCACAAUUGGGUGGGGAAAGGUCAUCGGGACCAAGUAGUGGUAAUACCGGGACACGGAAUCAAGCCGGGACUUCACAAGCGUCCAGGGGGCAAGGGGGAGCAAGCGCAAGCAAUGCGCCGUCCGUGAAUCAAGGAAGGACUCAAGCUAGGGUCUACGCGAUGACGGAGGCGGAUGCUCAAGCUAACCCGGAUUCCGUUGCAGGUAUUGCCUCUCGUAUGCUAGUGUUUUAUCCUUAAUUAGUCCAUAAAUUGAGGUUACUAAUCGCUAGGAUCAUUGCACAAGGUUUUGGGGUCAAACCGGGGGAUUUCGAGCAACUUCAGGCGGCUGGAACCCAGGCACGAUCGUGCCUAAGGCAGACACGAUCGUGCCUCCAAGUCAGUAGCUGCCCAGGAAUUUCCCCAGCCCAGGCACGAUCGUGCCUAAGGCAGACACGAUGGGAGUAGUUAACUCGGGUUAACUAAGGUGCAUGGUGAUGUAGUCGAGUUGGACUCGAGAAUGCAAAUAUAUGUGUUAGGGUUGGACCCUAUAUAUUGUUGUGACUAGGGGUCACGGGGUUUGGGCUAUGUUUGAUAAACAAACCUUGGGCCUACGGGCCGACUACUUGACUUUAUAUAUAAAGUAAGUAUAUUUUAAAAACGGGGUAACUUGGGAUUACGGCCUAGAUUAUAUUAUCACCCUAUUUGAGGGUCUUGUGUUUGAAAUACUUGUUGUAUAUCUAUUAGAUGCCAUCCACACUAGCACUUUAUAGCCCUAUAGAGUGCUGACCCCUUCGGGGGCGUCCCACCACCAUUUUUCAGGUUGAGGCUAGAGCUUGCUUCCUGUGCUCGUUGCUCGAGAGAUCAUCUAGGAGGGAAGACUUGGUUCGUGCUUCCUCCAUUCGGUUUUUAAACAUUAACAAACAUGCUCAUGAAUAUUUUACUAUAGAGCCUGCGUGCUCAUGUUAGCCACGUGUGGCAUUUGUUUUCAAACUAUGUUUUCCGCUACGUAUUCGAUUGCUUAUUAUGUUGUUUAUGGAUGGCUUGCGUGUGAGUGAUAUUCUAGACGCCUUGUAUAAUAUGAACGUGUUGGACUGCGGUUGACUAUUCAUAUUGUACGGCGGGUUGUUGACGUGUCCGGGGAGGUCCGGGGCGUGACACAAGCUGCUACAAAUCUCUCUUUAUAUGGAAGUAACCAUGUAUCCCUCACAUACUUGAGAAGACUUGGAUAACCUUCGUAGUCACUUUCAAUAGCAAAUAAGUUUCUAGCAUACUCACUCUCAUUUGCAGAGAAUACAAGAACACUCCAGGCUGCCAUGAAUUUAUGAGAAUCCUCUUUGAGUUCAAACAACUUUCUUGAAUGGGCAAGGACAUUUUUUGAGAUAUGAAACCUACAUAAAAGAUUUGUUGUUUCAGGAAAGACUUUCUUAAUAGAUUUCAUAAACGCCAAGUCUCUGUCGGUCACAAUUACACUAGGCAUGGUACUUGAUAUCAUCAAUGUUUUUAAUUUUUCCAUUGCCCAUGUGUAGUUAUCUUCACGCUCAGCUUCCAUGUAGACGAAAGCUACUGAAAAAGUAAGGUCUGUGCAUGUCACACCUACAAUCUCUAAUAGCGGAAGACCAUAUCGAUUUGUUUUGUAAGUACAAUCCAUAAGUAAAACCAACGGAAAGGCAUUCAAAAUAUCUAUAGAAAACGGGUGCGCCCAAAACAAGUCUCUUACACAGUCAGUUGACUCGUUUCUCCUAUGCCAUUCCACAUACCCAAAAUCACCCAAUCUUUUCAUAAGUUGCUGCAUUUGUGAUCUUCCAGCUUUCUCAAGCAUUUUAUGUUUGUGACGAGCAUUAUAUAUCGUCUUCAUUGUAGUUGUGUUCUUUUUGUCCUUCGCUUUUAUAGUCACUAGUAUGUUUCUUGGUUUGACCAUAUUUUUCGUCAUAUCUAAGAGUAUGGUGUUCUCCUCUUUACUUAAUCUCCCGGUAAAAGCGUGACCCUCAAGGUUUUCUGCAGGUGGAUGAUUAUGAUAUCCACACUGAAUUUUUACUUCCCAAUCAUCAUCCGUUUCUAAUUUCACGCCCUGUAACUUAAAUGGACACCCAUUUUUUU